UUCGUAAUAUAACCCUGCAUGCACCAUCUCUGUAAAAUGUGUGAUAAAUGCUGAUAAAGGAACUUUGUAAUCCUAUUCUUCCAGGACGUUCAGAUUUACUUGUCGUAAAAAGUAUUCAUAAAAAUAAUUCAUUCAAUAUAGAAGACAUAUAUUCGAAGGGCCCAUAGUUUGUUUCGUGCAUGGCGUUUUUAUUGUAAUUGAAUAAAACUACUCGUAUAUGUUAACUUCUCUUGACUGAAUAUUUUUAAAAAACCACUUCAGAGUUCAAAAUGAACUCAAUAAUCUUAGUUGUCAUUAAUAUGCUCCUCGUGGCAGCGUGCCUCGUCGAGAGCCGCGCGAGAACAAGAGAAGCGACAGAAGCGCAUCCAAGUCAGGGAAGGCGAGGGUUUGACUAUGGAGAUCCUUACGGCAGCGGCUCCGCGAACCGAAGGCAGCCAGGUGACACGGCUCCAGAGGUGCCCGACUUCCAGACACGACAACGCGUUCCAAUAAAGCAGCGAAACAACCAUCUGUACAAAAAUGAAUAUCCGAACCAAGUACACCGGCCUCAAGACCUCGAAAGAUAUGAUAAUAACGACAAGCACGAUUUUUUCAACGAGCAAUCUGUAGUUGACUCAGUUUUGUCGACGGUCAAACCCGGUAAUGCGGAGCUGGUAAACGUGCAGCCCUCGACACGGAGGAGCCGGCGACGUCUGGUCAACAAACUCGCCUCGAACGCUUCGGCUGUCAUUCCCGACAUUGUCGAUGGAUUUUCUUGCGCGGGAAGGCCAUAUGGAUAUUACGCUGAUACACUGAACAAUUGCAAGAUAUUCCACGUCUGCUAUCCAUUGAGGGGAGUGUUUCCAAACGAACCGUCUAUCCCUAACGUAACCUACGACUUCAGUUUCUUCUGCAACAAACACUUGAUGUUCGACCAGGCUUCGCUGGUUUGCGCCUUCCAGCGUGAGGCGAUCCCAUGCGAGUUCGCGCCGCAGCUCUACGGCCUCGUUAACUCGCGGUUCUUCCAGGUCAACAAGACUACCUCUUAGUCGAGCUUCACCCCCUGUUAAGGGCUUUGCCUCGAGGUGUCGUCUGAAGAUAAGGCUUUCAAAAAUCCUGUGGAAAUCUUCAUUCUGAUAUAUAUUUAAGCAUUUGUUUUUAAUACUAGGUGUUCUUCCAAAUAAUCGUCAAUUUUCUACAGCCUCAAAUUCUCAAGUCCUGAAUCAAAUCUGAAGUAAAAAUUUCUGAGAAGAACAAUUCAGUGUUAUGCUUUCGUUCAGAGGAUAAGUUUCCGAGCAAAAAGGAAAAUACGCGAAUAAUUAUUCCCAUACAAAUGCAAAUGUAAUAAUACAUAAACAACACUAAUUUGGCAAGAGGGACAUUCUAUAAACAUAUUCGCUUUAUUACAUUGAUUUUAUAGAUUAAGAAAAAAAAUUUAACCAAUCGUUUAUGCUUUAUCCCGGCUAUUUAUACUAUUAAUUUAUAUUCUAUAAAUAUAAUACUGCAGCACACAGCCUCCGUUUUAUCCUGUCAUAAAAAUUUUAAGAGCUUGGUUUUAAUUUCAUGCCGGUAAAGUUGGCUUAGUAAUGGCGCUGCCCGGCCUUGUUUGAGUGAUUCUUCCAAAUGGUUUGUUUGGGGACGAUGUUCGCAGUGAAGUAAAAUCAUCCCCGCUGUUCUGCCAUUCAAUAAAAACUUGAAGUUUAGGCGACUCUUCAUAAGUUCAGUUUCUGCCACGCCGUUUCGGGUAACUAAAAAUUCUAUAUAUUUAAAUUUAAAGCUGAUGUUUUACUCAACCGAACUAUUAAAUUACAAAU